AUGGAAUACAUGAACGCCGACCGGGUGUUCGUCCCUGAAGGCUCGGAAGACGCGUUGGCAGCUGAGAGCACACUGUCAGACGACGAAAAGGACGAAAAUCCAGAUGAUUCGGAAGAGGACUCUGACGAGGAAUCGCAAAAGCGAUACGCGUUUCCAGAGCUUGACCAGCGAAUUAGAGAUUGCGUGAAUGAGUACGGUGCUGUCUUCCCCAAGCUCAACUUCAGCGCGCCGAAGGCACGUCUUUACUCAUCUUCUGUACCUCUCACUGAUACCUCUCUCUCUUUCCGUCUUCCGAUCCAGGACGCAGCGUGGCUCCUACCGGCCUCCGCCCCGCUGAAGUGCACCUCCCCCGCGGAUGUCUACCUUCUCCUCAAAUCAUCGGACUUCAUCAACCACGACCUUGGCACAGACACGGUCUUCGAGGGUUGCUCCUUCGACACCAACAAGCCCCCCGAUUAUCAGCUCGAGCUCGUGCUGCGGAAGUGGUACCCGGUCGACCGAGGACGCGAGUUGAGGUGCUUCGUUCGGGAUAACAAGCUGCUCGGCCUUUCGCAAAGAGACACGAACUUUUAUGAGUUUUGGAACAAUCAGCAAACUCAGAGAGAUAUCACUGCUGUUAUCAAAAACUUCUGGGAAACGAAUAUCAAGGCACAUUGGGAGACACAGAAGGAUUACGCCUUCGAUUUCCUCCUUACAAGAGAUCUCUCGCACGGUCACAUCUUGGACUUCAAUCCCUACUCACCGAAAACAGAUCCUCUACUUUUCACCUACGAAGAAUUACACCAGUUUCUUCAAAAAGACCUUUGUGCAGUCCUCCGGGUUGUCGACUCAAGAUCUCAUCCAGCUGCUGCAAGCAAUGCCCCUGCCUAUCAGCACAACAUGAUCCCUUUCGAGGCUGUCAACAUGACCAGUGGCCGGGAUAUUGAAGAUUUCGCUGACUUAUGGAAGGAAUCGGUGAAGAAAAGCAUGGGGAAGGAUUUUGAUUAG